AUGUUCUAUCAUAUUCCGUUAGAUCAUGAAAUAUGCCUUCAUCCUAAAUAUUUCGGCCCUGAUUUGCUGGAGACAGUGAAACGAAAGUUAUUCAAUGAGGUUGAAGGUACCUGCACUGGGAAGUACGGUUUUGUUGUUGCAGUGACUACAAUCGAUAAUAUUGGUGCAGGACUUAUCCAACCAGGUCGUGGUUUUGUACUGUAUCCCGUGAAAUACAAGGCCAUAGUGUUCAGGCCAUUCAAAGGUCAAGUUGUUGACGCGGUUGUAAAUCAAGUAAAUAAAGUUGGACUAUUUUGCGACAUUGGACCCCUUUCAUGUUUCGUAAGUCGUCAUUGUAUUCCUCCGGAUAUGGAGUUUGAGCCAAAUUCAAAUCCUCCAUGCUACAAAACAGCAGAUGAAAGUGUUGUCAUCAAGCAAGAUGAUGAAAUCCGUGUGAAACUCAUUGGUACACGAGUUGAUGCUUCUGACAUCUUUGCUAUUGGUACUUUGAUGGAUGACUAUCUUGGUCUUUCUGCUAAUGAGUAA